AUGGCUUGUGGUGUUACGACAAGGGCCAUCGACUUGUAAGUGAGGCAUUCAGAGAGAAGAGUAUUAGUUGGAAAGCAACCCACGUCAUACAAUUGGUGGACCUCAGACAGAACCACUGCUUUGUCAGGACGGCCUAUGAGAGAAGGGCUGUCUCUCAAAGUACCAACAAGCCGUGCAUCGACGAGAGCCUUGGUGUUCUCACAUGGAUGCUGAGUGAUCUUCACAUUCUCACUCUGAAAUAUGCAACGGGCGACAUUGAAAUUUCGACUGUUACGGGAGGGAAUGAAGAAGUUCAAGUUGGCCCCUUACCGUCAGUUGACCAAAAUACGAUCAGUACACCUGAGCCACCAGAUGCCCUGCGGGACAAUGUUGACACCACUCAUCUCGCUAAUAUGGCAGCAUCAUCUUCGCAGAAGGAACAAACCCCAGCGAUUACCGUCAAUGGUACGUUUUGUGAUGUAUGUAUCGCCAUGUUAAGCACGUCAGAGCUAUUACAAAACGCGUCGUUGUGGGACCAACGACCCCUUGAAGAAGUGCUGAAAAACGUUGAUCCCAGCACCAAGAAGAGACAGAAGCCGCCGAGGGCUGCAAAAGAGACCAAGGAGGUAGAAGAAGAUAAAUACAAAAGGGAGCAAACGGAAACCUCAGUCCAUCUCAACUCAGAAACCUUGCAGCACCACCCGUCACUCCAUUCCCUAGCCUGCUCCAUCUUUGACGGAUGUCUCUUGUGCUCCCGCUUAUGGCAAGAAAUGAAGGAGAAAAAGGAGAGGGAAGAAAUUCGUGGCCAUCUUCGACAGCUCGUGGUCAGUGGCUCCAAUCGAGACGAUUCGCGCCUGGUUGCCGAGUUGCAUGAUUCAGCUGCGCUAGUAGUUGAUAUACAUAGGCUUUCAUCAACUACUGGUAAAUUUGUCCUUUACAGAGACGAUGCGAGCAUCAAGGAUGCCGAUUCCACACACAACGGUGUGAAGUUUGGGAGAGUGAGUGAGUCAGCGGAGGCGAGUGAAAUAGCAUUGAGUGGCAGAGUAGCCGAGCAGGACCAAGGGUUCUCAAAAACCACAGCAUAUACAGGCUCAGCAAUAUCGUUCUCAGUCGCACGUAAGUGGUUGGGAAAUUGCCAAAAGCUACACAACUGCUCAAAGCCGAAUGA